AUGUCUACAUGUGAAGAAGAAAUUGAUGUUGUUGGACUGGACUCUUCCAGCAAUGAAACCUAUUUGGAUUCUUCUGUACAAUCUAGACAUAGCAGGGACAGUCCGUACACAGAGAAAGGCAGUAGUGAUGCAAUGCUUACUUCCAGACCAACUGUUAUUCAGGAGCAGGAGCAAGGGCAGUGCAUUUCUACUGUGUCCAAAACUAGCAAUGUGAAGCCGCCAUAUUCCUACAUUGCUUUAAUCACCAUGGCCAUACUGCAGAGUUCACAGAAAAAACUAACCUUGUCUGAGAUCUGUGACUUCAUCUGUGACAAAUUUCCAUACUACAGGGAAAGGUUCCCAGCCUGGCAGAAUUCCAUCCGACACAAUCUUUCACUUAAUGACUGCUUUGUGAAAGUUGCCCGCCUACCUGGAAACCCAGGGAAAGGCAAUCACUGGACCUUGGAUCCAGCGUCUGAGCACAUGUUCGACAGUGGCAGUUUCCUCAGAAGGAAGAAAAGGUUUAAGAGAGAACAUCUGACAAUCCCUCUGCAUUCCCAAGCUGCAUUGAUUGAGUCAUAUGGUUUUAAUGGGCCUUAUUCUCUUGGUCUAGUUCCUGGAGUUUCACAGGUCUUCCCAAGUAUACCAGUGGGACAGAGCCAUAGUCUUCCUCUCCAAUCAGUUCUGAAAGAUGGAUUCUACUUGUGCCCUGGAUUACCAAUUCCCCUAACUAGGAUUCCAGCACCCUUGCAAAAGAUCUCAUCUUCUUUCACCAUUGACAGGCUUUUGCAUGGAGGUACAUCAAAUGAGCAUGAAACAUUAGAGUCUGAAGACCAGCAAGGUGUGGGCACUUUACCUCUUGGAACAUCUAUUGUGACCCAGGGACAUCAGACCCAACCUUGCAACAUUUCAGGGCAUGUGUUGCCUUAUUUAUCCUCCAUAUUCACUCACAAUAUAGCACAAAGGUAA